CGCGCUCCCGGCUGCGCGCGCUCCUCUCAGUCGACACGGCGAACGGGUGUCGGCGUGAACGUCGCCGAGGCGUUAAUGGAGAUUAACUGGGAAUGCAAUGCCGCUCGCCCACCGCCUGCUUCCUCCAGUCACGUAUCCUCUGCAAUGGAAGCCGGCGUUCGUGCGAGAUUCAGUCCGCCUGAGACAGUGAGGGGAUCACAGGGGUGUUUAAGAGUGGCAGAAGUGAUGUGAUGGCAGAGCGAGGAGGCAGGACAGAGCCGAGGAAACGGUCGGCUGCACACUGACAGACUGGGUGCAGCACGUCAGAGCCUGGACAGAAUGGAUUUCCCCAAUUGCACUGAGGGGGUGUUUGCCACAAACUGCAGUGUCAACGACUCCCUGGACACCACGAAACUCCCUCCGAGUAAGAUCCUGCUCACCAUGACCCUGUCUGCACUGGCUAUCCUGACUACAUUCUUCAACUGCCUGGUGAUCACAGCUAUCGCAGUCACCCGCAAGCUGCACCACCCAGCCAACUACCUCAUCUGCUCGCUGGCCGUGACUGACCUGCUGGUGGCCGUGCUGGUCAUGCCCUUCAGUAUAAUGUACAUCCAGAAACAGACCUGGCUCAUGGGCCAGGUGGUGUGUACCAUUUGGUUGAGCGUGGACAUCACCUGUUGCACGUGCUCCAUUCUGCACCUUGCCGCGAUCGCCAUCGACCGUUACCGGGCCAUCACGGACGCGGUGGAGUACUCCCGCAAACGCACCGGGGCCAGGGCUGGCGCCAUGGUGGCGGUCGUGUGGCUCUUGUCCAUCCUCAUCUCACUCCCUCCUCUAAUCUGGCGGCACUACAGCGGGGACUCAGAGCAGGAAGACCAGUGCAUCAUGAUGCACCAUCACAUGGCCUUCACCUUGUACUCAACCCUCGGAGCGUUCUACAUCCCCCUGAUGCUCAUCCUCAUCCUCUACUACAAAAUCUACCGGGCUGCUCAGACCCUUUACAUGCGCAGGGAAGCCAGCCGGGCAAGCCGUCACUCGUGCAUGACCAAUGGGAGCAUGAUCCCUUCAUCCUACCCUGCUGGAGAAGGCGCCGACGACGGCGGACCUCCAAGCCCGGAGCCCGUAAGUCCGAGAGAAAAGUCCUUCUCUGAACCCUCCACGGAGGAGCCUCCACGUGAACGGGUGCGUGCAUCGGUGAAGGCGUUCCAGAGCAAGUCGCGCCGGAAGGAGUCACGUACGGAAUCGCGCAAUGAGUCACGUAGGAGUCAGUUUUCCCAAGGGCCACGGAUCUCCGGCUCACGGGAGCGAAAAGCCGCAUCAACGUUGGGGUUGAUAAUAGGGGCUUUCGUUGUCUGUUGGUUGCCCUUUUUCGUCAAGGAAGUGAUUGCCAACACCUGCGGUUCUUGCAGUACUUCGAUGGAGAUGGCUGACUUUCUGACAUGGUUGGGCUACCUCAACUCGCUGAUCAACCCCCUCAUCUACACCAUCUUUAAUGAAGACUUCAAAAAAGCUUUCCAAAGACUCGUUAGGUGCAGUCACUACCUCUGAUGGCACUGGCAUUCCUGCGCAGCAACCCAUCUGCACAUGGAACCAAGAGGGGCGAGAGUAAAGGCUGUGGCCUACUGACUGAAUAAUGACUGUGUGCCUGAGAGACAAUAAUGACUGACCAUCAUCCUCAGAUGCUCCAACAGGCCGAACAGCACCAGCAGAGCAACGAGCUUUCAGCCUGUGAUUCUGUCAAUGCUCAUUGGCGUGUUUGAAAGGACACUGAUAUGCUGGUUUUUCAGAUAACAGGCCAUCGCUGACCUUUUCGAGGCCCGGGCUCUGAACGUUACUGAUCAGCCCUAUUAAAAGGCCUGGAGGUAGCUGACCAUUAAGGCUUUUCCAUCUAAUGACCUCCCAUCUCUCAUGUACCAAGCUGCUGGCUAACGUGUAAAAAAUACCCAAGCAUACUAAAUUGUGAUUUCCUGUGGCUCCUGCUGUUAUAGAGGGUGAGUGACGCGGUGAUUGUUAACAGAAAUUGUUGUUGAAUGUGACCCUAAAAAAAAUAUAAAUUAUAUAUUUAUAUAUUUGUAGAUUGUUCAAGUUUUCUGUCAGGUAACGGAAGUGAUACCGGCCGGAUCCAUUCGACAAUCCAAACGUGGAAAAGGUUAUUGACUGCCUUUCAUACAUUUCACAGUGCUGAAUUUAAUCUACUGUAAAUGUUUUAAAUGUUUAGGAUUAACAGCUAAGAAUGCCUUGAAUGUGAAUAAAAUGUUUUAUGACAAAAGACCAAAUCAUACCUUUUAAUUACACAUUCUGAAUUUUAAAAGAAAAAUACUUGGUGACCAAUAUAAAUAUGGAAACUGUCUAAACUGCCAUUACUUUUUGACAGGGUUUAAGGUACUACUUUAAGUCAUGUUUUACACAACCUGUAUGCUCCUUUAAGUUAUUUGAGGAGCAAUGAAACCCCCCAUAUGACUCACACGCCGUUGCCACCAUUAGGUCAAUGAAUUUGAGAAUCACCAGUGCAAAAAUACUCAUUACUUGAAGCCCACUCAAGUACUUGGAAUAAAGCUACUACUUCUUUACAGCCUCCAAGAGGGUACACGAUAUGUUGAUGGAAAUAUUGUAGAUGAGUCAUGUGCGAGGGUGUGCUGUAUGCCAGAAAGACAAAGUGUGUCAUACAUGCACAUACUGUACAUCUUACAGUAAAACGAGUAUUUGUAUAAUGCUUCUGUCUUGGUAUCUCACUGUUUCAAUAAUCAAUAAUAAACUGCCCACAUUUAUAUGACGUC